UUGCGACAUUCCUGACGUUGGCGACAACAACAACGACCGCACGACGGCCACAGUGCUUAUCAAUGUCAGUUACGCCGGAGAGACCUGGUCACACCAAUUAAACCAUUAGAAUUAAUUCAGCCAACGGGUGGCUGUUCCUUUCGAAUAUUUAGUAUCGCUCUAAUAGUUGGUCACAAUGGUCGUUCACUGUGACAUCGAAUUCGAUCAGAAUCCUACGGGCACCUAUUACGCCGGCCAGCUUGUUAGCGGUAAAAUCGUAUUGAAAUGUGAUAAAGUAAAGGAAGUCAAAGCCAUUUUAUUAAAAAUAUCCGGAUCAGCUGAGGCUUUGUGGACCGAAAGACAUUUUAGUACACGGCGCAUGUACCAUGGACGAGAGGAUUAUUUGUCGUCAUCGACCUAUUUGAUGGGUUCAGAACAAAGCUCCAAAGCAACGAUUGCAGUUGGUGUACACACAUACACAUUUGCAUGUCAACUACCCUACAACUGUCCCUCCUCCUUUGAGGGUAUACAUGGCCACAUACGCUAUACAGUGAAGGUGGCUCUUGUGAGGCCAUGGAAAUUCGAUAAUGUGUACAACAGGGCCUUUACUGUAUUAAGAGUAACCGAUUUGAAUUUUGAAUCACCACAAAUUAGGAUCCCCUCAACCAGUGAGGCCUACAAAACAUUCUGCUGUGGCCCCUGCACCACAGAACCCUUAAAGAUGGAAUUGAAAGUCCCCCAAACGGGUUAUGUACCGGGUCAAAAUAUACCCGUGCAGGGAAUUGUCAUCAAUAACACCAACAUGGCGGUGUCAGAGGUCAAAUUUAUGUUGGUCAUGUUGGUGCGCUACACCAGCACCAAGCCGCAGCGUAUAAAUAUUCAACGGGUGACAGUGAGUAAAAUUAAAAGUGAUUCUGUUUUGCGUUACUGCACAAAGGCCAUGAAAGAGGAGCUGCAUGUUCCCGCCACACCACCCACCUGCAUUCAGGGGUCUAAGGUUAUACAAAUUGUCUAUCAAAUUGAAAUGCACUGCAAAAUGAAGAGUUUAAAUAAAACUCAGGUUAUGACAAUGCCGGUGAUUAUUGGCAAUGUUCCGCUGGCCAACAACACCCGACGCUUCAAUGUGAUAGAUGAACAACCCACAGCUAGUAAUCGUGAUAUCAGAGAAGUUGGCAAUGACUUGAAGGAAGAAGAUGAUGCGCCAACAUUGGACUUAAGUACACCAAAUAUGCCUCCCCCCUCCUAUGAAGAAUCGAUUCACACCCAACGUAGCAACAUCAAUGAGGGUGAGGAACACACAUUUGGACCCAGUGAAUUUGCACCACUUUAUCCCGUGUUUAAUGUGUCCACGCCAAGUUUAAAUCAAACGCCACUUCCAAUGGGCAUCGAUAACAAAAGUUUUGUCGCCCCCUAGAGCACUUUUUUCGUUAGAAAUUGAAAUUAUUGUAAAGAUUGUAAGAUAUGCUGAAUUAUUGUUAUAGGAAAUAUAAAAAAUACAUAAAAUUA